GUCUCUUCUCUCUCUCUCUUCUCUCUUUCUUUCUUUCUUCCUUCAAUCUUUUUCCCUCUCAGCUUGUCAUCUCUCCUGCCUCUUUCUUCCCCUUCUUUUCAGCUUGCCCAUCCUCCAUUGUCUGUUGCCCUCCUCUCCCUUUCCUCUGGUUUUCUCUCCCUCUUCCCUUCUCAGUCUUCCUUUUGGCUCCUCUCUUGUCCUUAGCGUCCUUCGUCCAUGUAUCUUCCUCCUUUGUGACGCUUCGUCCUCUGGUAGCUCUCUCAUUGGCCAGGCGUUCAUUGAUCGCAUCCCUCUGUCAAGCGCCUCUUCCAUUCGCCAACUUCCGCGGUUCAAUCUCACACCCUUUGAGUUCUGUUUCCCGGAUUGCCUCGUACCGGGCUUCUAGCUCUCAGCGCUUCUACCAUCCCCGUCGCCUUGCAAAUAUGAGCUCUUCGGACGAUGACACCCCACUCGUCCGCGCCAAUGGUCGCCAUGCGGAGACGAACGGCCAUGUUGACCCUGGAGUAUCAAUUCGGUUCGGUCCGGUGAAAUCCGAUCGUGAUGUUGAGAUGGCGGAUGCGGAUGCUCAAGCCGGCGCCAUUUCGAAGAGGAAGUCGCGCAACAGUGUUGGUCAAAUCAAGUCAUAUGCUGAGCCGGAAAGCAGCGAGGAGGAUCAACCUUUGAGCAAGCGUCGCCGCACGUCUGUUAAGCACGAGGACCCUGAGACGGAUGAUGAUGUGCCUCUGGCGCUCAACGGUCGCAAACUCCCGAAGGCUUCCGAAACCGCCAUCGGAGAUGAAUCGGACUCGGAUGUUCCCAUCGAGAGGAAGCUCGCGGCCGAGAAAAAACGGAUUCAAGUGAAAGGCGAGAAAGAAGCCAAGCCCAGCCGCAGCACGGCUACUCUGAAGAGCACCAAGGCAACAGCGGCUAAGAAGCAAACCAAUGGUGUGAAGAAGGAGCUCGAGGACGCGAAGCCCAGUAUUGUGAAAAAGACAGCCAAACACGCCAGAGCUCCAGAGAAGGCCGUUACCACCGUCAAGCGAGGAGCCGCGGCCGGCAAGGCUACUCCUGCGAAAGCCUCUGCCGCAAAAGCAACCCCCAAAGCAACCCCCGUGAAAAAGGAAGAAAGCGAAGAAGCUGAGGACGCCGACGAGGAGGAGGAAUAUAAGUGGUGGGAGGAUCCGACCAAGGGCGACGGCACGAUCAAGUGGACUACGCUCGAACACAAUGGCGUUGUCUUCCCUCCUCCUUAUGAACCUCUUCCUAAAAAUGUUAAAAUGAAAUAUGACGGCAUUCCCGUCAAUCUUCAUCCUGACGCGGAAGAGGUCGCCGGUUUCUUUGGCAGUAUGUUGAACUCAACUCACCACGUCGAAAACCCCACUUUCCAGAAGAAUUUCUUCAUGGAUUUCCGGGACAUUCUCAAGAAGACUGGGGGCGCAACGGACUCCAAAGGCAACAAGGUCGAUAUCAAGGAGUUCUCUAAGUGUGAUUUUCAACCCAUUUUCGCAUACUAUGACAUGAAGCGCCUCGAGAAGAAGAACUUGCCUCCUGCCGAGAAGAAGCGCUUAAAAGCCGAGAAAGAUGAACAAGAAGCUCCUUACAUGUACUGCAUGUGGGAUGGUCGCAAGCAGAAAGUCGGCAAUUUCCGAGUCGAACCCCCGGCCUUGUUCCGUGGUCGUGGUGAACAUCCCAAGACCGGCCGUGUCAAGGCUCGAGUUCUGCCGGAGCAGAUUACAAUCAACAUCGGGAAAAACGCCCCCGUUCCUCCACCACCGGAAGGCCACAGUUGGAAGGAGGUGAAGAAUGACCAAGAAGGCACAUGGCUUGCCAUGUGGCAAGAGAACAUCAACGGCAAUUACAAGUACGUCAUGCUUGCUGCCAAUUCCGAUGUCAAGGGCCAGAGUGAUUAUAAGAAAUUCGAAAAGGCUCGUGAAUUGAAGCACCAUAUCGCCCGGAUUCGCAAGGAUUACCAAAAGAACCUCAAGCAUGAGUUGAUGGUCGAGCGUCAGAAGGCCACCGCCGUCUACCUCAUCGAUCAAUUUGCCCUUCGUGCGGGUAAUGAGAAGGGCGAAGACGAGGCUGAAACCGUGGGUUGUUGUUCUCUCAAGUACGAAAACGUCACUCUCAAGCCUCCGAACAAGGUUGUUUUCGAUUUCCUGGGUAAAGAUAGUAUUCGGUUCUACGAUGAAGUCGAAGUCGAUGCGCAGGUUUUCAAGAACCUCAAGAUCUUCAAGAAGGCGCCCAAGAAGGAGGGCGACGAGAUUUUCGAUCGAUUGACGACUUCCGCACUCAACAAGCACUUGUCGGCUUACAUGCAAGGCUUGACUGCGAAAGUGUUCCGUACCUACAACGCCUCUCACACCAUGUCGACGUUGCUCAAGGAGAUGAAAGCAACGGGUAACAUUGCGGAGAAGGUGAAGGCCUACAACGAUGCCAACCGCAAGGUCGCUAUUCUCUGUAACCACAAACGGACUGUUGCUGCGUCCCAUGCCAACCAGAUGGAGAAGAUGAGCGAGCGCAUCAAGGGUCUUCGCUACCAACGUUGGCGCUUCAAGCAGCAAAUGCUCAACCUUGAGCCCACGCUCAAGAAGAAGAAGGGCGCCAAGUUCUUCGAGAUGGACGAGGACAUGGACAUGGACUGGGUCAAGGAACACCAGGCUUUCCUGCUUGAAGAACAACGGCAAAAGAUUCAGAAGAAGUUCGAGAAGGACAACGAGAAGCUUGUUGCCGAUGGAGAGAAAGAAAUGAAGGCAAGCGAGCUGAAUUCUCGUCUGGAGGUCGUUAAGGACAUGGAGAAGAGGUUCAACAAGGAGAACAAGACUGGCAAGGUGGAAGCCGAAGGCAAGGCUCCCACUGUUGAGAAGCUCGAGACCGCCAUCAAGAAGCUCGAGCAGCGUAUUGAAACGAUGGAGCUCCAAGCUCAAGACAAGGAGGACAAUAAGGAAGUUGCCCUGGGUACUUCGAAGAUUAACUAUAUCGACCCCCGUCUCACCGUCGUCUUCAGCAAGAAGUUCGACGUCCCCAUCGAGAAGUUCUUCUCCAAGGCCCUUCGUGAGAAGUUCGAAUGGGCCAUCAAAUCCGUUGACGAGACCUGGGAAUUUUGAUUUGGUUGUUCCUUGUUAUAUCGUGCUCGAAACUUGGAUACAUACUUCUUCUUAUGGUUAAAGACUUCUUUCAUGCUGCCUUAACUAUCCAUACUUUUUUUCCACCUUUCCUGACCUUUCUCCUGUUUUCCUUCUCAACACGCGUGACUUAUCGGAAACCAAUGCAUGCCAUGCCCCCCCCCCCCCCCC